AUGGCCAAGUCAACUCUGCCGAUCGAUCCCGGCCAGCUUAUCCAUAUCGGACACGGCACCACGGGCGUUGUAUACGCUAUUGACGGCCAACGCGUUUUAAAACACUUCUACGAUAUUGAUGAAGGGGCAGAGGAGCGCAAGGCUCUGGAGCGCCUAGGCUCACAUCCCAACAUCAUCGGAUAUUUAGGUGAAGGAGACUCGAACUCUAUUGUUCUGGAGCGUGGCAUACCAUUGCUGCAGCUGGCUGAAACUGACGACAUUUGGGUUCAAAACCAUCGGACGUGGAUACGAGAUGUUGCGGACGGGCUGCAGUAUAUGCAUGACAAGGGCAUUGUCCAUGGAGACAUUGGUUGUGAAAAUCUGGUCGUCGUCGAAAAUCGGCUCAAGAUUAUCGACUUUGAAGGCUGCGGCAUUGAUGGCGAAGAAGCGAGGGCAGGAUACAAGUGGUAUAAUCGGCAGGGUUCGGCGGUUGACAUCCACAGCGACAUAUUUGCAUAUGGCUGUGUAAUAUAUCAACUGCUCACAGGCAAGCCAACAUUCUAUGAUCUCGUCGAGGUCGACGACAAGAAGAAGAUUGCUCAAGACCGCUACGCUAGGCAUAUAUUCCCCGAUGUUCAGAGUUUGCCUUUCAGCAGUGUUAUGCUAGGUUGCUGGACUGGGCAAUUCAAGUCGAUGGGAGAAGUGCUCGCGGCGUUGGAUGCAUUGCACAGCAAGGCGACUCCUCGAGUCUUCGAUGUUGACCACAUCGAAGAUGAUGAGGAAGAACAGCAGACGUGA